AUGGCUGCCACCCGAAAACUCUCGGAGGCGCUGCCUCCGCUCAUCUUCGGUACCGCCACUUUCAAUUACCAAUUCAAUGUCGAUCCAUAUGCUCUGGGUCCGACUGCCAUUGUUCAACGGGCUCUAGCUCACGGCGUGCGAGCUUUCGAUACUUCACCUUACUACGGCCCUGCUGAGAGUAUACUUGGCGACGCGUUUGCCACACCAGUCGUCCAACAAAAUUACCCUCGCAACCACUAUCAUAUUUUAACCAAAGUCGGCCGAGUAGGCAGCGAUGUCUUUGACUACUCUCCUAGCUGGGUUCGGCACAGUGUGCAGCGUAGUUGCAAGCGAUUAAGGACAGACUACCUAGAUGUGGUCUAUUGCCACGAUGUUGAGUUCGUCUCGCCCGAAGAGGUGUUGGUGGCCAUCACAGAACUGAGAAGGUUGAGGGACGUUAAUGGGAUAGUCAAAUAUGUCGGCAUCUGUGGCUACCCUGUCAAUGUACUCUGCGACCUGGCCGAAAUGAUCCUGCGAGAGACGGGCGAACCACUGGAUAUUGUCCAGUCUUACGCAAAUUUUACUAUACAGAACACACGUCUACUUUCUGAAGGACUGCAACGCCUAGUCAAGGCUGGUGUUGAUGUCGUCCCGAAUGCUAGCCCGCUAGGCAUGGGCCUCUUGCGGCGUCAGGGGCCCCCAAUCGGGGCGAUGGGAAACUGGCACCCAGCGCCCAACGAACUACGCCAAGCUUGUCUCGAUGCCAGUAAAUGGGUCGAGACUCAAGGCGAGAAAUUGGAGGUCAUUGCCGUUCGCUUUGCCCUAGAGAACUGGCUGCGCGAAGGAAUCCAAGUAGGCGUCUGCGGCCCACCGAUUGCGCCGGACCCCUCGGCGUAUGGCAGCUCCGAUAUUUCCGGAUCGAAGCUCGGUGUGUCCGUCAUGGGCGUCAGCAAAAUCGAAGAACUCGAUGAAACUAUGCGCGUGUGGCAUAGUGUGCUUGAUGGGCUCGCAGACGACUAUGACGCUGAACCAGGGACCAUCACUCCUUCCGAUGCUGUGACCGACCACGAAUGGAGUAUCCAGCGUCGGCAGCGGAUUCGCGUUCUUGCUCGUAACAUCAGGGAGAUGAUCGGCUCUUGGGCCGACUUUGCUUGGCCGUCGCCUGACCCAGGAUUCAUCAACAGAGGCAACCCACCACCACUGGUAUCUGGUGCCAAGUCAGACGCUCACGACCCGGUCCUUACGCCUCCUUCAGAAGACGACGUUGCGGCGAACUUCUCGAAGAAGCCAGAUCCAGCUCUGGUGGAAGCAUACUUGCGCCAGCAUACCGGUGCAAAUUGA